CAUUUGCCCCUGUCGCGCGGUCUUCGUAAAUUAUAAAAAGGGCGACUGGGUUAUGGCAUUCGUCUAUUCAACAUGGGCAGUAAAGAGCGACGGACAAACAGCUUUCCCGCAAUUGACGGAACUAAGAAAGCGAAUCCGCUUUUUGAAAUUCUUGGUGAAUGUCGCCUUGUCCACCACUUUUUAGAAAAAAAAUCCGAUCGAUCCUUGUGGCUGGUGAUAAAACUUCUUGAUGGCAUCCUCCGAGGUUUCUCUCAGGUCGUCUUCGCUAACAAUACCAUAAGUGGAAUUUUUGUCAUCAUCGGCUUGGCGGUGGCUGAUAUUUGGGUCUGCGCUGCUGGACUUUUAGCCGCUACCUUAGCUACGGUCACGGCCUCGGUGUUUAACCAACCUUGGAGUUCAAUCAGUAAUGGAUUGGUUACCUACAACGGUGUUUUAGUGGGAACAGUGACGGCCAGCAUUUGCCCACCCAUCGUUGCAGCAACUCAUGGACCUACUUACCUUUCUUGGUGUUUAAUAGGAUUCGGUGGAGUUAUGAGUACGUUGGUCACAUCUGGAAUGGCCAAUUUGUGCAAAGGCGUAUCACUCCCACCGAUGACGGUUCCCUUCAAUCUCAUUGAUCUACUUAUGUUUAUAUGUUUGCCUUCGAGUCUGACGCAUCUAGCAACAUUUGCUACUGCAGAUAAUGCUACAACUCUUGAAUUGGCUGCUUCUAUUAAUGACAGUGUCCUGAACCUUAAUGGCACACUACUAGUAGACUCGACAGUUUCGCUAGAUUGGAUAAUGGUAUUACGUGGUAGCUUACUUUCAAUGGGCCAAGUUUACGCGGCCGAAAGUGUCGUCUGUUCAAUCAUCAUGUACAUUGGAAUAACAAUUUUUUCGCCAAUGCUUUCGAUUGCUCUCUUCACCGGUUCUCUAUUAGCUUCAGUUUGUGCUCUUGGACUUACGGAAAACUACGCGGCAAUCUAUUCCGGUCUCUGGGGUUAUAAUUCUGCACUGACUGCAGGAGCGAUUGCGGUUACAUUUUACGUCCCGACAAUACUCUCGGCUUUCAACGCAGCCAUGGCCGUAGUCUUCACCGCAGCCGCUCAACGCGCGUUCGGUCUUGUUCUGGCACCGGCUGGAUUGCCGAUUUUGACAAUUCCUUUUGUCGUUACGAGUUCGAUGUUUCUAGCCGUGACCAGUGGGACUGGACGUGAAAGAUUAGUCAAAGCUCCAGAUGGUAGGCCACCUGAAUACCAACGCAGACGAUUCACAAGAUCUGCUUCUGCUAUUCAAAUCGAAGCAUGUGAUGUUUAAACAUUCCAGAGUUGAGUUUAAAGUUUUGACACGCACCACACAUGAACGGAAACAAGGAUAUGAAUUUAA